CCGAACCAAAAAUUCCUCAACAAGAAAAAAAUCGAGCAAAAAAGAGCACUCCAACAAUGGCGAAUCAGUCGCCGGAAUUCGCCGGAGAUGCAACUCUCGACGGCCACCCUCAUAUUGCCCUAAUCAACACCUUCUGCGAGAUCACCGCCUGCGCUUCCAAAUCCGAAGCCCUAUUUUUCCUCGAAUCGCACAAUUUCGAUAUGGACGCCGCGGUCUCCACCUACCUAGACGACGCCAACCCCGUCGAGCCUUACGCACCCGGUCCGGCUUCCCCGGCUGCGCAGUCGAAUUCUCUUUAUUCACCUUCGGAGUCGCUGUCACCGUCUCCUUCCCGGUCGCGAUCCCCAUCUCCGCCACCUGCUUCCCGACCGUACAGUCUCCGCUCCGCCGCUAUAAGUGGCGCUGGAGUUAGUGGUUCCGCUGCUGGCGGCGCGAGGCGUGGAGGCGCUGGCGCUGGCGCUGGCGGCCGAAUUAGGACUUUCGCUGAUCUCAAUAAGAAUCCUACAAAUGAGGAGUCUGAUAGUGAUCCUGAUUUUGAUCCUCAGGAAUACUAUACUGGCGGAGAAAAGAGUGGAAUGCUUGUUCGUGGUCCACCAAAGCCGAAUGAUGUAGAUGCCAUAUUCAAUCAAGCAAGACAGUCAGGAGGUGUAGAAGCAGCAGCUGAACAUAUCUUGCCUUCUUCAAGCUCAAGAAGUUUUGCUGGGACGGGAAGGCUACUCUCCGGGGAGGUUUCGUCUGCUACCCCUGAGCCUAGCCUGCCUCAAACUGUUGUUACCCACAACAUCACUUUUUGGAGAAAUGGAUUCACAAUUGAUGAUGGACCUCUGAGGAGGUUUGAUGACCCUGCAAACGCCUCCUUCUUAGAGAGCAUUGCAAAGUCCGAGUGCCCAAGGGAGCUUGCACCGGCUGAUAAGAGGAAUGCUGUUCAUGCUAAUCUUACUAGGAGGGAGGAAGACUACAAGGAGCCACCAAAAAAGAGUCUUCCCUUCCAAGGAGUUGGAAGAACUCUAGGUGGCACCAGUGACACAGCAGCGCCAAUGGAAGCGAGAAGCAUUCAUACUGUGCUGACUGCUGCUCCCACACCAUCCCUCGGUCUGGUUGUUGAUCAGGCGCAGCCUUCCACAUCUAUCCAGCUGAGGCUGGCAGAUGGGACACGCAUGGUUUCACGCUUCAACAACCACCACACGAUCAGAGAUAUCCGAGGCUUCAUUGAUGCAUCGCGGCCUGAUGGACCAAGGACUUAUCAGCUGCAAUCCAUGGGCUUCCCUCCCAAACAGCUCAUUGAUCUGGACCAGACGAUAGACGAAACCGGAAUUGCAAAUUCGGUCGUGAUCCAGAAACUAUAGCCAGUAAUUAUUUGGGUAUAUUAUAUUGCUGUGACUAUGGUUUAAGAAACUGCUGAUUUAGUCUUAUAUUUUGUUGAAAACCAAUUACUCUACAUCUUUGCAUAUUUGGGACUUCUUUGCA